AUGUUUUCGCUCGGAAGACUCCCGAGGCUUUCCCGGGAAAAGGAGUCUGGGCUUGAAUUUGUGCCGAUCGGCCAGCGCGUGGUGUCGCCACGAAAACCGGCGCCAUCUUCAAACCCUCGGGUCCGAUUAACCGCCGACAAAAUCAACAACACACACAUCGACUCGUCCUUUGACGAAACCACCCAGGAUUUCGGCGCUUUAGACGCGGAUGCGCCUGUGCGCGUUUCAACCGGCUCGCGGCUGGCAGGCGCCGGCUGGAGCUCACGGGGUAAUUUUGCCAGUACCUUGGAGCAGCGGAGUCAGGCUGUGGACGGCGGCCAAAGCUCGAUCCAGAGCCUCCAGGCAGACUCGCAGCAGCUCAAGUCGGAGAACUACAAUUUGAAGGUGGAAGUGGCGACCUUAAAGCAGUUCUUGAAGCAGACGCCGCCAGAAACAAGGGAGUUGGUCCUGCAGAACGCGGCGUUGAAGCAGGAGCUCAUCAAAACACAAAACGAGCUCGAGCAGGUCCGCAGUCACGCUGAAAGCGCACCGCGGCAAGAUCGCGAGCACAGUGCCGGCUUGGACUCGUUGAAGCGGCUGUAUAGAGAGUCUCUAGAAGAGAAGGACCAAGAGAUCCGGCGCCUCCAGCGGCAGAUAGCCGAGCUCUCGCACGUGCUGCCGCUGCCGCCGCAGAUCCCGCAAGAGCUUCUUGACAAGAUGGAGUUUCUCCAGAACGAAAACCAGGCCCUUCUCCGACAGCUCGAAGGGGCGUCUGCCUCCUCCAGCAAGACACAGGGCCAGUUGCAGGGCGAGAACAAUGAACUCCGGCUCGACUUGCAUCGCGCAAAGGCGCAGCUUGCCGAGCUUCCCGCGGACGCCGUCCAGCAGAUAGACCAUCUCCGCAAGACCAACGACACGCUACUGCAGAAAAUGCGCACGGUCUCCAACGAGCUUCAGCAGGCAGAAGCCGAGAGAGACUCGAUGCAAAUGUCGCUUCGGAACUUGCAGCUGUCCCAUGAGGUGGCGGAUUUGAAGCUCAAGUUGAAAAGAGCCGACGCCGCCCAGGCACUGCUCGCGGAAGAAAAGUGGUCCGACGUGCAGCGGCUCCAGAGAAAACUCGACUCCCUACUGAAGGAGAUCAAGGAAAAAGACCGCGACGAGUACAACUUGAGGGAGCAAGUCCGCUCGCUCAUGGAGGAGCGCAACAAGGCUUUUGACAACCAGUCUACAGUAAACCACUACCAGGGCCAAAUCGACGCCCUACGCGAGAAAGAAAAGACGCUUAUGACGGACAACCUCGAACUCAAAGACGAAAUUGCCAAGCUCCAGGAUGAACUCUACUCCCGCAACAUAGAUUCAAGCAGAGCUGGUAAGCUCAAGCAGGAAAACUUGGACUUGCUUGACAGGCUCGACUUCUAUGAGAAGGAGUACGCUCUCACGCAAGAAGCAAUGGAGGCCACUGAGGCUGAAUUGGAGGCUUUGCGCACAAGACAGAAACAGGAUGAUGCUCGCAGACACUCUCUCGAAACAGAGCUAGAAACGGUGCGAACCCAGCUCAGGCGAGUUGAACUAAGCGAAUCUCGCAAAUACAAUGAGUCUGCUUACAUGGAACUCGAGGAAAAACACCGAAAGCGAGAGGAAGCGGAUCACUGUCGGAUGACACUGCAAAUAGAAAGAUUGAAUGCUCAGGUCCGCGAAUUAGAGCAGCAACUUGAUUCAGCCAAGCAGACCAGGGAGACAUUUCCAAGUCUCAACUCAUACGAGCCUACCCAGGAAAGCAGGCUCAAGGUUGACUUGAGGAACAAAGAGUUUGAGUUGCAAGAAAGGCAGCGAGACUACUCAAAGCUCCAAAACGUUUUGAAAGAUAAAGAAGACCUUAUAGAUGCACUUGAGGAACGCAUUAGAAAACUCAACAAAGAUUAUCGGACCGACUUCAGUGCUGAGGAUCGUUAUCGAGAAACACUACAGAAACUUCAAUUUGACCACGAGUCUGAACUUCUUGCUGUGCUGCUAGAAAGAGAUCGACUUCAGAAUGAGAUCAAACACUACAAACUCCGAUUGGAGAAGAUGAUGGAGGACGAUGACACUCAGAUUCCCACUGGUGCAAACUCGGUUACAAUUGCUUUACUAGAGACCCAGCUUGAAGAGUUGCGCCGCAAGAAUCACGAGCUAAUGGCCGAUGCUGAGCGGGCAAGCGCUGCCCGCUUCGAAAGCACAAGCCGUGAGGCCGAUGAGUAUCGCUCUAAAAUCAGAGAUCUUCGAUUUGCACUCAACGACGCUCAGCAAGAAAAAAGUGACUUAGAAACUACACGAGACGCGUUGGAAAGCGACUUGAGUCUACUUCGUUCAGAGAAGAGUCGCUUUGAAACCAGAAACAGAAGCUUGUCUCAAGAGCUCACAAAGAACGCAAGAAAUUGUACAAGACUUGCAAAUAAAGUGCAAGACCUAGAAAGUCAGAUUGCCAGCUUACUGAAGGCCGCAGAUGACACGUUCAAGGCACAAAAGUCAAACAUUCAACUUCAAAACCAGGUUGAUCAGCUCGGUGCAAGACUUGCAACAGCCAACCUAAGCUCCCAGCCUAACCAGAUGCUCAAUGUUACCAAGUCUAGACUACAAGAGAAUGAAUUAAAAUACUUCAAGGCAAAACUUUUCGAGCUACAAACGAGAUAUAUGGAUUUGGCUAUGAUAAACUCAUACAUGGUUUCUUCGAUCAGAAGCUCAUACGAGUCGUGCAAAGAUGACUUGGUCAAGAUGUCUCAAUCUGGUGUUUAUCCAGACUACUCAGCUCUCAAUCGCAGAAGUAAAAAGGUCACUUUCAAAGUCUUAGCGACUUUCGUCUUGAGUAUGGUACGCAUGAAGAGACGAACAGAGAAGGCUAAGGUGCGAGAGGGCAAGUUGAUGCGGCUCCGGAGCGAUAUUGAGAGAGACAGAAUAACACUUUUGGUGGAAAAAUAA